GCUGCUGGCGGCCUGACCAACAUUUAGUUAUUGCUACAAACCGACCAGCUUGUAGGAAUAACUAAAUGUUGCACGGCUGACAGGAAUUUCCUUUUUUUUUUAACCUCGGAUGUCUCUGUUAUUUGGGAUUUUUAUCCUCUUUAGCAAAAUGCGCUGCGCAGUGAUUUUCUCGGAUUGUUGUGCAGCAGCUGGCGGGCACGGAGCUGACCCUGACUGUAGUCACAGCUCUUCACUGGCACAGUGCUGCUCUUCUGUCUCGGUGCCCACGUUUGAGCAGCUUUGAAAACCCUGACCAGGGAUCAUUUGGAUGGUCAGCAUCUGUGGGCCACUUCUGCAAAUCAUCAGCGGGUUUCCCACAGUCGAAAUUUCCACAACUACUCCUUUGGUGCUGGCCUCUCUGUCCAUGAUGAUGUCACAUGGUUUCAAGAGCAGUAAGCAGGACUUCAACUUUGGACCAUGGAAAGUGACUGCUUCCAAAAACCACAUCAUGAAGUCCAAGGACAUUGAACGGCUAGCAGAAGACAUGAACAUGCCUUCUCUUCCAGAGAUGUUGUUUGGAGACAACAUACUGCGCAUCCAGCACACGGACGGUUACGGGAUUGAAUUCAAUGCUGUUGAUUCCCUGAAGAGAGUCAGCAACAUGGAGGAUAGCGUCAAGGUGGCGUGUGCUCAGGAAUGGCAGGAGAGCAGAGCUGAUUCUGAACACUCUAAAGAUGUGAUCCGACCUUAUGACUGGACGUACACCACAGACUACAGAGGCACUCUGACAGGAGAAAGCAUGCAGAUAAAGGUGUCUGAGACUGCCGAGCGUAUUGACAUGGAGAAGCUUAAGGCUCGGGAACACAUCAUGUUCUUUGAUGAGGUGCUGCUGUUUGAAGAUGAGCUGCACGACCAUGGAGUCUCUAUGCUUAGCGUCAAAAUUCGAGUGAUGCCGACCAGCUUCUUCCUGUUGAUGCGUUUCUUCCUGCGAGUGGACGGAGUGCUGAUUAGAAUAAACGAUACUCGACUAUAUCACGAGGCUGGGAAGGAUUACAUGCUGCGAGAGUUCACUACGAGGGAAAGCAAAAUCUCAGAGCUGAAGAAUGUUCCGGCUCCACUGUUCACCGAUCCCAACGAGGUGGCCCAGUACUUAACCCUGAAGAUGACCGAGUGUGAGAAGCUGGAACUUCCUGUGCUGCAGACUCACACAGCUGAUAAUAAAGUCAUUGAGUGACAGUAUAGUGAAAGAUCCGCGCUAACUGUUCUGCAUAGUGACAAACAGAAAUAUUAGUCUUAAACUGUUCCUUUAUCUCACACCAACGCAAAGCCACGACUGCUCUUACAAUUAUCUGUACAGGAACAACUUUUUUCAUAUAGUUUGCCCUUAAAACUAGAAUCUGCUUCCUGUUUUGUUCAUAUUUGACAUUUCUUAUUAUGAGACUUGCUUUGUAACAUAAAGCAUUGUAGAAUAACUGUUUCUAAUAUUAGUUCAUCGGUACAAAACAAAACAAACAAAUCCUGUAUUUUCCAAAUUCAAAAUCAACAGUUUGUGUAAAUAUCCCUGCUGAAGGUGAAGAAGUGUAUUUUUCCUUUGUGUCGGAAGCACCUUCAGAUUCAAAUGUCUCCCAUAUGGCCACAUAAAUUUUGUUUGUGUAGUAACUACGUUGCUUUGUGUGUGGUCGAUAGUUCUUUCCUGACAAAACAGUAUUAAAUCAUUCCCUCUAUCAGACAGCGUUCCGGUUGGACUCCAGCUGGGAGCGCUUUGAGCCUCACCAGGUGAACAAUGAGAACAUGUGAUGAUAGUGUUUUGUAAUAACAGCAUAAUGGCAGUAAUAAUGUUGCACAAAAAAUGUUUAAAAUAUGAAUUGUUAUUACAUUAAAUAAUGUAAUUUAUAACAGACAUAAUCGUCAUUA